AUGUCUGCCACAGCAAAGAACGUGAUCGCCACGGGCACUUCUUCGGGCCUGGGAUUCGAAGUAAUUAAACAGUUACUCGAGAAAUCCGAACCUUACAACUUUAUCAUCGGUGCUCGAGACAUUGAGAGAACUCAAGCCGCAUUCAAUGAGGUCAAAUUUGAUACCUCCAAGCACACCAUCUCCCUGGUGCCUCUUGAUCUUACCGAUCUGCGCAGUGUUCAGCUAUUCGCACAGAAUGCUCUCACCAAGUUAGGUCCUAACAAGCUGGAUCUACUGUUCCUCUGUGCAGGCAUGGUUGCUAGUGCCGAAGGACCAGGCCCUCAUGGUUCGCAGUGGUGCACCGCCUAUGUCGUGAACCACCUGUCCCAGCAUUAUCUGCUCCAUCAGCUUCGUGAGACCCUCGCUGCUUGCAAGUCGCGCAUCGUCGUGGUAUCAUCGGGAGCGAUCCGCAACGUCCGGAACCAAGACCCAAACACCCUGGAUGUUGAUCUUAAGGCAAACUCUGGGGCAGACCAGAGGGUUGUAUACAGUGCCUCCAAGUUCGUUCAACUGUUGGGUGCGCACUAUUGGCGUCGUGCACUACCCGAGUGCAGAGUUGUGGCUGUCUCCCCUGGUCUGAUCCCCGACACAAAGCUUGCUGGAAAGGAAUUGGGAUUGACUAUGAGCAUGCCCGAUGCCAAAACCGUCCCCGAAGGCGCUCAGAACCUUCUCCGUGCCUGGACUGUCAAUGACUUCCCUGAAGACCCUGAACAAAUCAUGCUGACUAGCUGGGGCGAGUGGUGGUCCAAGGAUGUUAUUCAAAUGAGCUUGGACACCGCUCUUCAGAACAAAUGGUGCUUGAGCAGAGAUGAGAUCGAGAAGGUCGAGGGACUUUCCGCAUAA